AUGAAUAAAAGUAGUUUUCUGAAAGGGUGUGAAAAAAUAGUGAAAUUUAAAAAGAUUAAUCGAAUAGAUUCAACAGAGAAUGCGUUGAUUUUGGGAUAAUAAAAAUUAAAAUUUGCAUUUGAAAUUGAAUGUAUACGAUGCCAUACCAAUUUAAUAAAUUUAUUGGAUGAGUAAUAUUUAAUUUAGGAAUAGUCUUAAAUUUUGUAAGAAAAAAUUAAUUGGAAAAUAAAUUAAAUUUUUGUAAAAAUUUAACAAAUUAGAAUUGAAAAAAAAUAGGAUAAAUAGAGAGACCAUAACAUGAAAUAGGCAUUUUUAAAGAAGAGAUCAUAGAUUUCGAAAUAGAUUUUAUAUUUUUAUUAGGAAGAAUUAUACCAAAUUGUGAAUGUAUAUCCAAGAAAUAAGCCUUUUUACUCAGCAAUGACAUUGAUAAAGCACCUUUUAAUAUUUUUCUUUUCUCUCUAAAAGCAAUUUAGCAAAUUGAUUGACGCUGAUUCCAAUUACAAUUUUUUAAAGAAAUAUGGUAUUGUUGAUUUUAUGAAAAAUUAUACUUUAAAGAGAAGUCUUAGAGUGAUAUUUUUAUCAGUUAAUGGAGCGAUUUUAUUAUACAUAGCCUUUGCAUUUGCAAGAAAUAUUUUUAAGUCACAGAAGCUAAGUAAAUAAAUAGACGAAAAAUAUAUACUAAAUAGAGUAUACUCAAAUGAAGAAAAUAAAAAUGAAAAGAAGAAUUAGAUUAUAACUCUAUUCUCCUUUUUUACUAUCAUACACAAAUAUAUUUUAUAUGUUCCUUCUGUUUUUUUAAGUCUCCAUGGAAUAACUCGUAAUCCUCUUGCAAUUAUACUACUGCUUAUAUCAAUCCUUUUGAAUGUAAUUAUAUCUGACGUUGAUUACAAUUAUGAAAUUAAGUCUAUAGAUUAUUUAGCUAAGCCUUUUUCUUAUGUGUCAUUCAUUUUUAAUACAAUUAUUGAGUUUUGCUUUUUUUUAGCUAUUAAUUAUGUUCCAAACGGCUAGAGUAUCUUGUUAGCAGCAUAUUUUUUAACAAGCGCGGUUAUUUAGCAUUUAUUUUGCUAAUUUUACAACAAGAAUUCUUAGUUUUUAAGUGUGUUUUCACAUAUCAGCUUAUUUACUAUAAGCAUUAUAAUUCAAGUAGGUAUUUCUUUUAAAAUACCUAAUUUGCUGAUAAGUAUUCUCACUGUAGCUUACUUACCUAUAUGCUUUAAAAUAGCAAAUAUUAUAAUUAAAAGAAAUUGCUAAAAAAUUGUUGAUGAAUUUUAGAGUUUAAUCCUUGAGAAUUAAAAUAGCAACAUAGAUUUUGACAAGAUUAUAAGAUUGAAUUUAUUUGAAGAUAUUGCUAAUUCUAGAGAAAGUGAAAGAAGAGAUGUAUAAUUAUUUAAUUUGAUUAUAAACAGCGAUAUUGAUUUCUCUAACUCAGUAUUUGUAUCUCCCACAAUGUAAAAAUCACACUCACCUCAUAAAUUUUAAAAAAUAUAACAAUUAAAAUAAGAAAAUAAUGUGGUCAAAAAUAAAUUAUAAAGUCAGAUUUAAUAAACUUUACAGAUUGAAUAAUUUAAUGAUAAUGCUCACAUGGUUAUAGUGAAAGACAGAGUUAAAAGAAUUUUGAAAGAGUAAUUUAAGAAAAUGUUAAAAGAAAAAUAGAGAAACAAACAAAGCGGAUUUUAUGAGUAACUAAUUUAUUUUGUGUUUUUGAUUGAAGUCAAUCAAUCAUACAGGAUCUAUUGGCUUUAGCAACUAGAACUUAGUGUUAAUAAAAAUUUGUCUAUGAAAUAAAAGCAAAUGUUUUAUUCUGUGCAUUCAAUUUUCUUGAAAAAGAGAUCUGUAAUGAGAAAGUUAAUGGGAAGGUCAAACCCGUUUGAUUGCUCCUUUUUAGAAGUGAUUGUUUUCGAAAAGAGACUAGAGCAGUCUUAUGUUCUGUUAGAUUUGGCUGUCAAAUUAAAGUUAGAAAUAUUAAAUAUAAUGAAAUAGAAAGAGAUAAAAGUAAAUGAUUUGAUUUAAAAAAUUGAACUCAUGUAACAAUUAAAGAGAGACCUCAAAGUUCAUUUAAAUUCUCUAUGUUACAUGAAUGAUGAUAGUUUAGAUCUCUUAAAUAUUUAGGCACUUUUUUUGGAAAAUUUAGCUUUUAGUGAAAAAGAUAUUAAUUUAAUGUAAGUAAACAAAUAUAAAAAGAAAUAUUAAGCAAAACUACGUCAUAAAUAUUUGGAUAAUUUAUAAGAUGAUGAGAUUGUAAGCAGUACUCUGAACAAUGAUAGAUUUGAUGAAAAAACUUGUAUUGUUUUCGCAAAUUACAAAGACCAGAGAACAUUAAUAAUUAAUUCAGUUUCAUCUAAUUUCCAAGAUAUUUUCUAUUUUACAACUAAUAAUGAUAUCAAAGGUCAUAAUAUUGAGUCAAUAAUACCUUUCGCAUUUUAACCCAUUCAUUCUAAGUAUAUUGAAAAUUAUUUGGAUGAAGAAAUUUCUUGCAGCACCAAUUAAGAUUAAAAAAAUGGCUAGAUAUUGAUUCAAGAAGAUAAAAAUACUCUUUUAGAUGAAGAAACUCUGGACUUAGAUAAAAAAAAUGAAGCAUAAAAGGCAAGAGAAAAAUAUAAAAAUAGUUUGGAGAUUUAAGACUUUUGCGAGUAUUAAGGUUGUAGAAUGAAUCGAUAAAUUAUAUUUGCUUAAAUUAAUCAUAUGCUUAUAUUACCAGUUAGAAUAGAUUUACGCGUAAACUAUUUUUAAGAUGAAAAAACAUUUGGUUUAACGGCUAAGAUCAAGCAUAUAAAUUACUAAUAUGAAUAUGUUCUUUAUGAAGAGGAUAAUUUAAAUGUAAUUGGUUUAACUGAUAAGUUUCAUUAUACAUUUUUUCCUAACAAAGAGUCACUUGCUAAAAUAAGUAUAAAAAAAGUAUUCCCUUUUUUGGCUGGAAUUUAGGAUGUUAACUACAACAAAGAUAAAUUAGAAGAAAAAAAUGAAUAUCAUAAUAAUCUAACUGAAUAGAUGGAAAAUAUUUUAAAAGAGUAGUAAAAGUAAAAGAAGAACUAACCCAAAAGAUAAAAAAUUAAUUUUAUUGUCAUUUAGGAAAUAGAUCCAAAAAGUGGCACAAUGCUUUCGACUGCAUUUUCUUUGGCUAGUAGCAAAAAAUCAUUAGCAGUUGUAAAAAGUACGAAAUAACUUAAAAGUAUGUAUGUUUAAAAAGAUUUAUCUAGCUACACAUUCACUUUUGUGUAGCUUUCACUUCACAAAGUAAACUAUAGAGGCAUAGAAGAUAUAAGUUACAUUGAAAUACAAAAAAUGAGAUAAUUGAAUCCUUAUGAAUAAGCUCCUUACAUUCUUUCACAGUUAAAAAAUCCUAAAAAGAGAGAAAUUUAUGAAAAAUAUUUCUAAACAAAUUAAGAUCUUGAAAAAAUAAUUAUUGAACUUGAGUAGAAAGCAAUUUUAUGCAAUCAUUCUGCUUAUAAUAAUUAAGCUUCCUCUUCUUUAUAAGCUAUUAGUGCUCUUAAUAACUUUUUAGUUGCACAAAAUUCUAAUAACUAAAUUUCCAUUCAGAGUUCUUCAUUAAUUAACAACUUAUUACCUCAAAAUCAAAAUCAGAAUGUUUAAACUCCAACUUAGUAGAAAAGCUCAACUUUAGAAGACAACUAGAAUAUAGAGAUCGGUAGAAUUAAAUCUGGAAACAUAAUUUUAGAUUAAGAUGUAAUAAGUGAGUAAGAAGAAGACGAACUAAGCGUAUAAGGAUUGGAAGUAAGCAUAGAUAAAAAAGAUAAUAAUAAAAAAUAAAAAAAUAAAAAUAAAUAACAAUUAAAUUAUUAGAUAUGUAAUAAAUAAAAUAGUAUAGAAAUAAAUAAUAAUAUGGCAUCAUAGUAAAACCCAUCCUUAUAAGAUUAGAAUUUCAUACAUUCUUUUUAAGAAAUUUAAUAAGAAGAUCACGUCGAUAAUUAAUUCUUGAUAAAUAAUUUAAUAGGUAUGAAUGAUUUUCAUAAAAACAUGAAUUAUUAUUAGAACUAAUCUAGUUUUAAUGAAAAAUCAAUAAAUAAUGAAAUGUAUUCAAUUAAUUAUAAUCAAAAUACUUUUUAUAACAAUCAUAUGUAUAAUGAAAUUGAUGAAAUUAAAAUACAACAAUCAAGUAAUUAGCUAAAUAAAUUAAAUACCACUAACAACGAUGAAGCCUCAAGGAUAGGCUUACUCAACAAACAAUAAAAGCAAUAAAAUCUUCAAUAUAACUAAUAACAAAUCCCUUAACAUUUGAUUUCACCUGUAAGCAGUGAGAAAGCAUUAAAUUUAGUAUUCUUUUCUCCCACAAGCAAUUAAACUUUAAAUAUAAAUGAUAAAAAUUAGCAAACAGCUACAUCUCUUUCAUGCUAAGAACUUAAGUUUUUUUCUCCGCGAGCAACCCAGUAAAGUAUUUCAAAUCUGAUAGAACCAAAUUAAGAUAAAAAGAUAAAUAAUGAAAAAAAUAGACCUUCUGAAUGGUUAUUGUCUCCUAAGAGUAUAGAAGGAUAAACUUAAAGAUCUGAUUAAGAUUUUAAAUUUACUGCAAAUGCUGUGAAGUUAUCUGCAAAGGAUAAAACUGAAGAUAAUGUAGAAGCUAAAGCAAAUUAAUAUAAUAUAUAAAUUUAGAAUUAAAAUUAUAUAAGUUAGCCUGCUCCAAGAGGUACAAAAACUGAUGAUUACUCAAAGGAAAAUACAAAAUUUUAGCAUAGAGAAGAAUAUUUUAGUACUAGUACUCCUUUUGGAUAUAAUUAGUAAAAUAAUCAGAAAGAAGACAAAAAUACAAAAAAAUUAAAAGUGUAAGAGAUACAAUACGAUAUAGCUUCUACAAAUUCUAAAGAUUCCAGUUCAGCUUCAGCUAAAAGGUAACUUUAAUAAAUCAUGGCUGAUAAAUCAUUGCUUUAAAUUAUAAAAGUAAUAAAUAUUCUAGGCAUUUUAUGCUUUUGUAUUAUGAUAUGUUUAACUUGGGUUUAAUAUGGAUAAACAAUAAAUAAUAUCAAUGCUUCCUAUUUUGAUUAUUAAGUUUUUAACUGGCCAACCUAAUACUAAUCUUAUUUAAGCUCAAUAGUAAAAUACCAAAAUAUAAAUUAUAUGGUAAAAUAUUCUACAGAUUUAAAGUUUGCUAACUUAACAUAGAAAUCGUUAUUCAGAAACUAAACAAGAAAUAACUUAAAUUAUAUAAAAUCAAACAUAAUUAAUUUGAUAGCCUAAAUGGAAAGGGCUAGUACUGAAAGAAAGAUAUUCCAGUUAUUAAGGAAUAAUUAUUUCAUAUAUUAUAUAGGCUAGUAUUAUGAUCCUAACUAAUUAUCUAAUACACCUUCAAUACCUUCGAAGCUAUUAUAAAUCCAAUAUAAUACGACACUCUAGUAUGGAGUUGUGCUGUCUUUUUCGAAUAUUUAUCGCUCUUUCAGUUCUACUGGUAAUGGUACUACUGGGAAUAGUAGCACAAAUGCUAAUUCUAGAGCUGAAUAUUACAUGAUAAGUAACGAAUAGUAAGAAUUAUAAGCAUUAAAAGAUAUCUAAAAUAAAAUGGUUACUUUAUAGUAAAAUGAAUAGCAGGGUAUUUCAGAUUAACUAACAGUUCUAAUGGUAUUAAUUAUAACAAUAAAUGGAAUUUGUUUCAGUAUAAUUCUACCUUUGUAUUACUAUAUUUAAAAAGAAAGAGAUGUAAUAAUUUCCUUGUUUGCAACCUUUUCAACUUACAAGAUUGAUUCUCUGAUAAAAUAGAUAUAGAGAUCCUACUAUAACUAAAAAUAGUUAUCAAUACAUUCAAAUAAAAAUAGCCUAUCAAUUAAGCAAACAAUAGCAUCACUUUAAAGCCUAUCAAAAGAAAAAGAUGUUCGCAAGCAGAAUAUAAGUUCAAUAACUAAACUACCUAGAUUUAAUCCUAAAAUAGCAAUCAUUGUUUUCUUCAUUUACCUCUUGAUAAUUUGCUAUCCUAUCAUCGUUAAAAUUGUCACAUAAGAUUAUUUAGCAAAGACAAUUUUAGACCUCUAAACAAUGAAGAAGGUUUAUUAAUUAAGAUCUUAUCUUUUAGAGAAUAUAGCAAUAAAUUUUAAUGUUAUUGUUAUGAAAAUAAAUCCAACUUUAAAGCCUAUGUCCCCAACUAUGUACUAUGAUUACUUAAAUAACUUAAACUAAUAAUAACAAUAAAUUAACACUGAUAUCUAAUGGAUAGUUAGUUCUUAAUACUAAAAUAGCAGGUAUAAUUAAAAUCUUUAUGAUAGCUUUUUCUUUUCUGCUUUUAAAAAAAAUCUCUGUGAUGUAUUCAACCAGUAUCCUUAGUAUAAUACUAAUUCUACUAAAUUAAAUACUACAAUUUGUGAUAGCACUAAUUAAGGUUUUUUACAACAAGGCUUUGAGGUAGCUUACAAAUAAACUUUAUAUCUUUUUCCAGAUUUGUAUAGAAUGUAUACUAUCCCUGAUAAUAAAACUUCAGUUGCUCAAAUUUCUUAGUUUUUAUCUACUUUUAACAUUAUUGAUUAUAUGCUUUACACAGAGUUUCUAGAUGAGUGUAUUGUUAGUUUGAAUUAGUUUAUUCUUUCCUAAAAUGACUAAUUCUAUGAUUAGAUAAUUUUAUUUUAAAUUAUUUUGAUUUCGAUAUAAAUCAUUUUAAUGGUAUUAGUUUUCUUUUUAGGAUGGGUUUCUUUUAGCAGCUAUUUAAAUGACUCCUUGCACGAAACUAAAAAUUAUUUAUAAAUAUUAGACAUAAAUACUUUGAUAGAAAACACUUAUAUUUUAACAUAUAUAAAAAAAAAUUCUACAAUUUGA